UAAUAAUAAAGAGUUUCUUUAUUCUGUUAGGGAGAAGCUGAUGACGCCUUCUGCCUCUGCGCUUUGACCUUUCUUUGCAUAUUUAUUUAUAUUGCUUCACUUUUCUGUUUCUGACAAAAAAAAAAAAAAAAUAGAAAAAACUUUUCAAUUCAACCAUGGCUUCUUCUGAUAGCCAUUUUGACAAGGUUCAGACAAAGUUUCCUUACCAUAUUUUCAAUAGUAUUCUUGAACAAACUCCUGGGAACACCAAGUUAGUAACAAAUUCCAAAGGCAUUUUGGGUGAAAUAUUGUGAGUCCUUAUCGAGUCAAGUAAAGCUUCCAUGUGGAUCAAGAGAGGAGGUAGGGUUGACCAAAAGUAGUGAUGGAAAGGAGCAUAAUGUUGAUAUUGAUGAUUCUAAUGAAGAUCCAGACUUUUCAUGGUUUUCUAAAACCAGAGACAAGUCUCCAUUACCUUGUUCUCGGCCCCACAAGAAAAGGAAAACUAGUCCUUAUGGUAAAUCUGAAGGUAUUCAUGAUCAUCCUAAAACUGAUUAAGCCAUAUAGUUUUAGCUGUUCUAAGGAGCAAAAUAAUGCAUGACAGUUAAAGAUAGAUAAAAUUCUCAUGUAAUUAUUAAAUUUUGUUGUAUGUUUUGACUAAUCUGUUGAAUAAGUUUUCAGUGAAGUUUGAUUUGUCAGAUAACAUAAGUGGAGAAUCUUCCCUACCAAGAUGGAAGGAACCUCAAAAUAUUAUGAGGAAGCAAAUGUUUAACUGGAAAAGAAAAGGCUGAAGCUCUUACGAGAGCUAAAGGUUUUAAGUCUGAUGAUCCAUUUUUCAUUGUUCUCAUGCAACCAUCGUUUGUUGGAGCUUCGUAUAAUAUGGCUAUACCAUUCCUCUUUGCAAAAAAUCACCUCCGUCUCAGUAAGCAUGAAGAUGUGAUCCUUAAGGUUCAGGAUGAGCGGAUUUGGCCUGCUAGGUACUAUUAUAGAAAGUAUAAAGGAUGUUCGCAAACCAGAUUUGAGUGGGGUUGGAAGGCCUUUGCUAUAGACAAUGAUUUGAAAGUAGGUGAUGUUUGUGUCUUUGUUAAGAGAAAGAACAUUGGGAUACUGUUAUUUGAAGUUGUUACUUUGUAUAAGAAUGAAGUACCAAAUUCUUCUGUAUUACCAGCUGCAAAUAACAGAACCUCUUGCGUGAAAGUUGAACCUUCAUUUACUAGCAAUAAUUAUGAUAAAGCAAGUAUGAUUUCACAUGACAUAAUUGCAAAGAAAGAAGUAAUUGAACCUUCAGAUAAAGUAUGUGGAGAAUCUCCUGUACCUGAAAAGUUUAUAAGAAAUCAGAAGUUAAGUAGAAAGGAUAAGGCUGAAGCUUUCCAGAGAGUGAAAGAUUUUAAAUCCGAAGACCCCUUUUUCAUCGUUCCCAUGCAACCAUCAUCUGUUGGAUCCAAAUCCAGAUAUAAUUUGGUUAUACCAUCUUUCUUUGUGAAAAAGCACCUCUUCAGCAUCAGUAGUGGUCCUCAAGAUGUGAUUCUUAUGGUUCAGGAUGGAAGGACUUGGUCUGCUAAGUACUAUGUCCAUGUCAGACCACAUGGAAUAUCUUCGACAUUCAGGAUCGAGAGUGGUUGGAAAGCAUUUGUUCAAGACAAUGACUUGAAAGUAGGUGAUGUUUGUGCCUUUGUUUUUAGAAAAAGCAUUGGAAGAAUAUUAUUCGAAGUGGUUAUUUUUCAUAACAAUGGAGUAGCAAACUCCCCUAUGGCUAUGUUACCAAUACCAGGUAAACAAAAACUUUGUUCUGUAGUAAUGUACUGUCUUGAUCAUUCCCUAUUUCACCCUAAACAUCACAUAUAACAAUCUAGGUGAGAAUUAUAAUAAUGUUCCUAGACAAUAUAAUUGAAUGCAAAUAUGGCCACAGAGUUAACUUAUACUAUUGCUGU